AUGAAGCUCCUCAAUACACUUCUUACGGCACUGGGCGCGAGCCUAUGCUGUGCUCGCACCCUACAGAUUCGUGGUGGACGACCAUUCGACGUCAUCCAGAGUCCCCACGAGAGAGAUGUGCUCCAAGAUAUCGUGACGUGGGAUGAACACUCGUUGUUCAUCAAUGGAGAACGGGUCACUAUAUUCUCUGCUGAGAUACACCCGUUCCGACUCCCCGUGCCAAGCUUGUACCUGGAUCUGUUCCAGAAAGUCAAGGCAGCGGGAUUCAACAUGGUUUCGUUUUAUGUUGACUGGGCCUUGCUUGAGGGAAAGCCGGGUGAAUUUCGGUCUGAAGGCGUUUUGGCCAUUGAGCCGUUCAUCGAUGCUGCAAAGGAGGCGGGUAUCUUCCUCCUGGCUCGGCCUGGGCCAUACAUCAAUGCUGAAGCAUCUGGAGGCGGCUUUCCAGGCUGGCUGCAGAGGGUCAAGGGAACGCUCAGAACGAAUGCUUCGGAUUAUCUGAGUGCUACCGACAACUACAUGGAACACAUUUGCUCCAUUAUUGCAAAAGCUCAAAUCACCAACGGUGGGCCGGUCAUCCUGUUCCAGCCCGAGAACGAGUAUAGUGCCGGUGAUGGUGUCCCCUUUCCCAGCCACGAGUACCUCAAAUAUGUGAACGACCAAGCCAGAAAUGCCGGCAUUGUGGUGCCUCUCAUCAAUAACGACGCAUGGCAAGGUGGCACUGGCGCACCUGGGUCAGGGAUCGGAGCAGUAGAUAUCUACGGACAUGAUGGUUAUCCCGCAGGAUUUGACUGUGCCAACCCCCAUACCUGGCCUAAGGACGGCCUUCCAACAACAUGGCACGCAGAGCACAUGCAAAAGAGUCCCAAUACCCCAUACUCUAUCAUCGAGUUUCAAGGAGGCGCGUUCGAUCCUCCUGGAGGUGGAGGUUUUGAAAACUGCUACGUCCUCACCAACCACGAAUUUGCUCGCGUAUUUUACAAGAACAACCUUGCAGCGGGUGUUACAAUCUUCAACAUCUAUAUGACCUUUGGUGGUACCAACUGGGGAAAUCUUGGUCAUUGUGACGGCUACACAUCCUACGACUACGGAGCAGCAAUCAAGGAGGAUCGAUCCAUCGACCGGGAAAAGUACUCCGAGAUCAAGCUCCAGGGCCAAUUCUUGCGAGUCUCCCCAAGCUACGCGACCGCAACGCCAGGCAACCGUUCCACGUCUCGAUUCACUGACAAUGAGGAUAUUGCCGUUACUCCACUUACCACAGAGAAGGAAGGGUCUUUCUUUGUUGUGAGACAUGCGGACUUUACGAGCACCGAGUCAUCCUCCUACAAGCUCAAGUUGCCAACUUCGGCCGGAACUCUGGCGGUUCCCCAGUUGGGCGGUUCACUCUCACUGAACGGCAGAGACUCCAAGAUUCAUGUCGCUGAUUAUGCUGUUGGAGAGCACACAGUACUCUACUCGACAGCAGAGGUCUUGACUUGGAAGAAGUUUGGCGACAAGACGGUUCUCAUACUCUACGGUGGCCCUGAUGAGCUUCAUGAGGUUGCUAUCACAGGGAAAUCGGCCUUCAAAGUAGUUGAGGGAAGUGGUGUCAAGUCUGAUACCAAGAAGAAUGCCAACAUCCUUCAAUGGAAGACAUCUUCAUCUCGACGGGUGGUUCAGCGGGAUUCACUCUUCAUUUACCUGCUAGACCGAAACUCGGCAUACAAGUAUUGGGUACCGGAUUUGCCCGGAAAAGGCGAUCGAGCUGCAUAUGGAACUUCGGUCAUGAACCCUGACUCGGUCAUCAUCAACGGACCACAGCUGGUUCGAUCAAUCUCCAUUCAGGGCUCCAAACUGUCUGUCCAGGCAGAUUUCAAUAUCUCUUCCACGCCAUUGGAGAUUAUCGGAGCUCCAAAGGGCGUUUCCAAGCUGGUCUUGAACGGCAAAGAGCUACGAUAUGAGAAGUCGAAGCUAGGAAACUGGAUCGCCCAACGAGAUGUCGAACUCCCCAUCAUCAAGGAAUUGGAUCUAUCUUCGUUGGAUUGGAACUACGUUGACUCUCUUCCUGAGAUCAAGAAAGACUACAACGAUGCAAAAUGGACUGUGGCCGAUAAGACUACCACCAACAACACGCGAGUUCCACUCCAGAACACGGUGUCUCUUUAUGGUUCCGACUACGGAUUCCACGCCGGUGCUCUCAUAUACAGAGGCCACUUCACUGCCGACGGCUCUGAAACACAGCUCAAGCUAUGGACGCAAGGUGGGCGAGCUUUUGCCACUGCAGUGUGGCUCGAUGACAAGUUCCUCGGCUCAUUCACCGGCAAUGGUGCCACCGGAAACUUCAACUCUACGUAUGAGCUACCGAAACUUCAAAAGGGAAGGCGAUAUGUUGUAACAGUGGUCGUUGACAACACGGGGCUUAACGGAAACUGGACGCCUGGCUACGAUGAACAAAAGAGUCCACGUGGUAUUCUGGAUUGGGCUCUCGUGUCCAAGAGCGGCCGUGAAACUCCAAUCGCCAAGUGGAAGCUUACGGGCAACUUGGGGGGUGAAGACUACGUGGACAUAUUCCGCGGUCCUCUCAACGAGGGAGGUUUCUACUUUGAGCGCCAAGGCUAUCACCUCCCAUCACCGCCACUCAAACGCUUCAAGAAGGGGUCACCAUUCAAGGGCAUUGAAAAAGCUGGAGUUGCCUUUUACACAGCAAAACUUGGCUUGGAUUAUCCUUCCGGACAGUUUGACAUUCCAUUGUCAUUCACGUUCAAGAACACGACAGAUAGUGGGCCGUAUCGUGCUCUCCUCUUUGUCAACGGCUUCCAGUUCGGUCGCUACGUGAGUAGCAUCGGUCCGCAGACGGUGUUCCCUGUCCCAGAAGGAGUUCUCAACUAUCAAGGGGACAACUGGAUUGGGGUGUCUAUUUGGGCACUCGAGGGCAAGGGUGCUAAGUUGCCUGGACUGCGGCUUACUGCUGGUGCUCCCGUGCAGACUGGCCGACAGCCUGUCAAGCUAGUUCAAGGGCCAAAGUAUAGUCAACGUUCUGGAGCAUAUUGA